CCAAGAUUCAAACACAAAACUUUUCUACAGACUAUUCUCAACUAAACGCGACCUAUUUUCGAUAUCAAUUAACUAUCGUACCUAAUUUAACCAUUUUUUCCCGAACCAUGGUGGGUCCCGGGACCCACCCUGUUACCCUCUCCCUCCGCCACCGACUACAAUGAGCAAAAGGUUAUGAUGUUAACCUUGGUCUCUUUCCCCUCCUUCAAUUGCCACCCAUAUCCCAUAACACCAGAACAUUUAUUAACCAACCCUAUGUCUUUAAAGACUUUACAACACUACUCGUAGUUAGGGACGGACAUCAAUCGAUUCAGUCCAUAAUCAGAUCGGAUUAAGAUAGGACUGGAGCAAAAAUAAAGAAAAAUAAAGAUUAGAAUCCGACCAAAAGUAUUUUUGGUUCAUUUGGUUUAAGAGAACCCGCUAAACCUGCUCCAUCGAUAUCCCUAAGUAGUACUAGUAAGUAAUUGAAUGUCGUCAACACAUCAAUUUACAACCCGACUAUGGUGUUUACACAACACUUGUGAAUCGUGUUCAUAAAACACCUAAUUGAUGAAUCGCCUACAAACUACUCACGACGAAUAUAGCACGCUCUUAGAGAUUGUGUUACGAGCCCUAUAGCAAAACUCACCACUUUGACUAGGAAUGGCAAUGGGGCAGGUCCGGAGCGGAUAUCUCGAUACCGAUACUCGCCCCAUGGCAGGUUGGGUAAUUUAUCAUGGAUCGUGGGUCAGGGCAGGUCGACCUAAUGGGUACGCAAUUUAUAUGAAAAAACAUUAGAAAUAUUCGUUAUUUUCUUUAUAAGACCAAGAAAACAAACCAUAUUAUGAUAAAUGUAGUUAAGUUAUUGGAGAAAUUGAGGUUUUAACUAGUUUACAACUUUAUUAUAGCUAAAAUAUAAUUUAAUAAAAGGAAAAUCCUAAGUAAUUUGACUAAGAUUACAUGUAAUUUAAGCAAGAACAGGUCGACAAUGGGGCAGGUCAGGGCAGGUCGGGUCGACAAGAGUACCCAUACCCACGGGACGGGUCGGACCCGCCCCAAAAUAGUCCAAACAUGUCGGAUAAAACGGACCAGGCAACCCAUCCCAAAACAGUCCAAACAAAUCAAGUAAAACAGUUCAUAUCGAAAUUAUCAUCCCUAACUUUCACCUCAUAUCUUUUGUAUAUAAACUAUGCAACUCCACACACAAAUUCACAAUAAAAAAAACUCCACCACCGUCACCGUGUCUGAAUAUAAUAUACGCCGUACAUCACCAAAUCACCAAACCAGUGGUAGCACUAAGAAGCCCGCCUUCCCAAUUCCCAUCCCUUCCUUUUGUCUCUUUUCAAUGCGGUGGGAUCCAUUUCUAAUAAACAAAACUAGUAACCCACCAUUACCAAGAACCAUCCCCACCGACGAUUUCAUUUCACUUUCAUAUCUUUUCCCUCCCUCCUCUGUUUUUCCAUUCCCCACCAAAAACCCACUUCAAUUGUUACCAAUCCUUAGAAACGAAUCGAGCCCUUUCGUAAUGGGGAACUGCUUGUUCGGCGGCGGGGGAGGUGAAGCGAUUAGGGUGAUAACUUCAACCGGAGCCAUCCUCGAAUUCCACUUUCCCAUAACCGCCGGCAGCCUCGCCGGCGAGUUCCCGGGCCACGCAAUCUUCCCAUCCCACGACCUGUUCUGGACCCCACUCUCCCUCUCCGACCACCUCCGCCCCGGCCACUCCUACUACCUCCUCCCAAACCCGAAACUGCAACCCGCCGGAAAGCCUUCGUCGGUGGCGGCGGCGUCGCUCUCCUCCGUCAAAGAAGGCCACGUCAGAUCGAUGAGCUCCCCUUCCUCUCUCACUGGCCUCACGCCUUACCGGAUGUCGUUGGAUUCCAAUUACCAUAACCAGAAGCAGGGUGCCAUGAAGAGGUCGCAUACAGAGGCGUUUUCUUCAUCCUCCUCUGUUUCCGGCGGGAAGGUUCGGAAUCAGGAGGAGGCAGGGUUCUGGAAAGUGAAGCUGGUGAUUGGCACCGAUCAGCUGCUGCAGAUUCUUUCCCAAGAGGGUUCUACUCACGAUUUGGUCCGUAAUGUCAGCGCGGUGGCGAAAUGCGGCAGUGGGUACUCGACUGCCCUGACUUCUAGGUCUUGCUCGGCGGCGGUGUCGUCGUCGGAGUCUUCUUCUGCUUCGUCGGUUGUUGGGUUUUCCGAUGAUUGGAUUGCUGCUGCUGGCGUGUCUGGUUGUACUAGCAGAAAUGGUUCUGCGAAGAAGGAUCGUAGCGGCUUGGUUGGAGUUGCAGUUGCUUCAUGAUUGAUUGCUCUGUUUGAAUUCCUCGCAGAAGAAAAUCCUUUUUUUUUUCUUUUUUAGUUUCGUGAUUUGUUAAUUGAUGAUUAGCAACAGAUAUGUGUUGUGUAGAUGUGUUAACAUGGUGAUUACUGAUUAGGCAUGCCGCGGCUUAAUGAUAGUCGAAACCUCCUCAUCACAUUAGUCUGUCUCUUUAUUGUCUCCACGGCUCGAUUCUUGGAUUCUGCAGUCCACGCGAGAACCACUCUCAAGGUCAAGGGUAAUCAAACGAUACCAAGGAAAAGAAGCAGAAUGCUGUAAUGAUGUUUAUUUGUUCAUGAAUUUUCCUCACAGAAAAAAAAGGGUUAAUUGUAUUUGUAGUCCUAGUACCCUCUGUUUUUAACAAAAGCAUCAUGGUAACUUGGUAAGUAUGUUUUCCAAUAAUUACGCUUAUCGUAUUAUUGAUUUAUCUCCCAUUGCAAGCUAAUUCAUUUGUUCAAAAUGUUAUAAACGCGAUGCUACGGAUUGAGAAAUCUCCGAAAUCGAUACAACAAUAAUACAAAAGUGAGAAUAAAAAAAAACACAGACACACGAUUUACGUGGUUCACUAACACGAUGUGUGUUAGCUACGUCCACGGACGAGAGAGAGCCGGUUUCACUAUAUCGAGGAGAUUACAGAUUACAGAGGAGUAUGAGAAGUAUUUAUAGUACUUCUCCACGUGGGUCUAAACCUAAUCCAAUCUGGCAAAGGAAACGAUUACAGACCAGAUCCAGAACCCGAACCCAAAUAACAUUGAACCCAUACACCGUGGGCCGGGGGCGUUGCCCCUGGACCCCACUCGUUGACCAGACAGUGAGACCCCGAUUACCAGUCGUACCGGCUGAUAGUCCGAUUCAAAUCACAUCAACGCAAAAUUAUAUGUUCAUAAUAACUCAAGUCCAACUCUAGAAUUUCACCUAAUCUCUGAAGCUUACAAAGGAAAAACGGUCCUGACUCGUGACAUUGGGCCAUAACUGUUAAAAGUUCAGCAACUGACAAGCUGGUGAAUUGGUGAUCAAGCUAAAGUGAGAGGAAAAAGUAAAACAAUUUAGCUUGUGGAUCGAAUUCUUAAAAUUAGGGAUCCGGGCCGGCGUUUCAAAUGCCCACUCUGGUAAGGUAUUGUAUGGCGUGCACGCUUCUUGCCUGAUAUUGGGCCUGAUGAUAGGCUGGGCCUACUUCCGAUUUGGGGCUUUGGCCAGUCUGUUGAAAUCUGCAUCGUUGCACACAUGGUUCAAAAAGUCACACUUAAUUUUAAUUUUACGCUUAGACACGCCUAGAUGCAAGGCAAUGGCAAAACGUCUCACCUAAGGGUUUUACGUCUAAUUAGAUACUCGAACACGUCAAUGGAGUAAGGCGACAUAUAAGUCUCUCAUAAACAUUACUAGAUGGAGCUAGGAAGUCAAUAUUAAUGACCAAAAUUAACAUCAACUACGAAAUUAAUUUUCUAUUGCAAUAUUUUCAAUAGCUCAAGAACUUUGUGAGCUAUUGAGCUAUGAUUCUAUGAAUCCGUGAGCUAUGUUCUUGUCAUUAAGUGUUGAGUAAGUAAUUAAUCCUUUUAACUGAAGUGAGAAAGUGUUGUAGAUUAUUAUUUCAUUCAUCAUGCAGUGCGAAUAUAUAUUUUUCUUCCAACGCCUAGACACGCUUAGUCGACGCCUAGGCGAUCUAAGUGCAAGACAAAGGCUCAACCCCCGCCUUACGCCUAGCGCCUUUUUGAAUCUUUGCAGAUCGAGCGACAACGUACGUACAUGCAAGAAUUACGUCACAACUCACAAGCUACAAACUGAAUGCCCCGUCCCCUCCACUCCUUUUUUUUUUGUUUGUCUGACUACCGAAUCAUAUUCUUCGUUUACUUACAAUCAACGACUAUAAAACCAUAUCAAAGACUAUAUAUAUAAAAAAUAACGGGAACGAAUUUUGUAAUGAAUUUGUGGUUCAAUU